GCGCGAGCCGGCGAGCGUCCAGCCAGCCUGCGAGCUGUCCGGAAACAUGGCGGUCAGCAGCAUCCGAAGCCGCCUGUCACGGAGUAGCCGGAUGCGAGGUCGGAAUGACAGCGGGGAGGAGAGCGUGGCGCUGGAUCUCUGCAGAGAUCCUGCAGAGAACCUCCAUGAAAUCCUUCAAAAUGUUGCAAAGCAGCAAGGAGUCUCCAACAUGCGCAAGCUCGGUCACCUGAACAACUUCGUAAAGCUGCUCUGCAGUGUCGGCCACUCAGAAGAGAAACUUGGCUUUACAUAUGAGGAGAUCAUUAUUUGUCUUCGGUUAGCAUUGUUGAACGAGGCUAAGGAAGUACGAGCAGCUGGAUUACGAGCUCUACGUUACCUGAUCACAGACAGCAAUGUUCUAGAGAAGGUGCUUCGGCUGCAGGUGGACUAUUUGAUUGCGAGGUGCAUAGAUAUCCAGCAAAGUAAUGAAGUUGAAAGAACACAGGCUCUCAGACUGGCACGCAAGAUGAUCACUGUGAAUGCACUGCUUUUCCCCUCCUCUGUCACCAACUCCCUCAUUGCUGUGGGCAACAAUGGGCUACAUGAACGAGAUCGUAUGGUGCGGGCCUGCAUCGCCAUAGUCUGUGAGCUCUCCUUGAAGAACCCUGUUGUGGUGGCGCAGCGGGGCGGUCUAAGCACCAUUCUGAAGAGCGUGACCGACUGUCAGCUGAGUCGCAUCAAUGAAGCUCUCAUCACCACCAUCCUGCACCUCCUCAACCACCCUCACACUAGGCAGUACAUCCGCUCUGAUGUUGAACUGGAGCAAAUCCUGGCCCCGUACACAGACUUCCACUACAGACACACUCCUGACGUAACAGAGGGGCAACUCAAGGAGGACAGGGAGGCUCGAUUCAUGGCCAGUAAAAUGUCUAUAGUUGCCUCAUUUCGUUCCUGGUCAGGCAUCAUUAACCUUUGCAAGUCAGGCAACUCUGGAAUCCAGUCUCUCAUUGGCUUACUUUGUAUACCAAAUAUGGAAGUGCAGAAAGGGUUGUUGGAGGUGUUCUAUGAUAUCUUCCAGCUUGUCAUACCUAUAGAGACUACAGACUUCAAUGAAGCACUCAUUAGUAUAGACCUCAGUAGAGUUCAGGACUGCUGGAGGUUGUCUGAUGGAUUUGUGGCUUCUGAGGCAAAAACAAUUCUCCCACAUCAAUCAUGCUCAAGGCCGAACCUGAUGGACAACUAUCUGGCUCUGGUGCUUUCUGCCUUCAUCAAAAGUGGACUACUAGAGGGUUUGGUUGAGAUGAUCACAAGCAGCGAUGAUGCUAUAGCCAUACGGGCUACCAUCUUGGUGGGAGAACUUCUCCAUAUGGCCAACACCAUCCUCCCUCAUAGCCACAGCCACCACCUGCACUGCUUACCCACCCUCAUGAAGAUGGCGGCCUCCUUUGAUAUCGCUCCUGAGAAGAGACUACGAGCGAGUGCUGCUGUCAACUACCUGAAGUGUUUUCAUGAGAAGAAGAAGCGAGGCAUCAAACCUUACAGUCUCUACUUGGACCACAUCCUGCGCACAUCAAGAGCAUUGCACUACUGUCGAGACCAGCACAUUAAACCUCAGAGAGACAUUUUCAUUGUCAAGGAAACUGAGGAUGCUUUGAUGGCCAACAUGAGAGACAGCCACAUCCUCAACCACAAAGAGAACCUGGAUUGGAACUGGUGCCUCAUUGGAACCAUUUUGAAGUGGCCAAAUGUCAGUUUACGUAGCAAUAAGGAUGAACAAAUGCACAAAUUUGUGCAAAGGUUGCUUUUCUUCUACAAGCCCAGCAGUAAGAUGUAUUGCAGCCUGGAGCUGGAGCAUCCCAAGGCUAAACAGCUCACUGUGGUUGGAUGUCAGUUUGUAGAGUUCCUCCUGGCAUCUGAAGAGGAAGGCCAGGCGUACCUGGAAGACCUGGUGAGGGACAUUGUCCAGAGUCUGUUCCCCUCUGCUGGACUCAAACCUGACCGCAGUCUGCAGGGCAGUGGGCUGCUAACCACGCUCAGCCAGCACUACUUCCUUUUCCUGGGCACCCUGUCCGCCCAGCCACAUGGUGUCAAGAUGCUGGAGAAGUGCAACGUCUUCCAGUGUUUGUUGGACGUGUGUAGUCUGAAGAAUCAAGAGCACCUGCUGAAGCUAACAGUCUCAACGCUGGAUUAUAGCCGAGACGGUUUGGCUCGAGUCAUUCUGUCCAGAAUCCUCACGGCUGCCACUGAUACCUGCAGGCUGUACGCCACCAAGCACCUGCGGGUCCUGCUACGCGCCAGUGUGGAGUUCUUCAGUAACUGGGGCAUCGAGCUCCUGGUCACUCAACUUCACGACCGUAAUAAGACCAUUUCCAUGGAGGCACUGGACAUCCUGGAUGAAGCCUGUGAAGACAAGGCCAACCUACAUGCGCUGACAGAGAUGAAACCUGCUGUCACACACCUGGGUGACAAGGGUGUGCUACUGCUGCUAAGGUUUUUAUCCAUUCCAAAGGGUUUCUCUUACCUCAGUGAGAGAGGAUAUAUCACUAAAGAGAUGGAGAGAUGGCAGAAGGAGUAUAACUUGAAGUAUGUGGACAUGAUAGAGGAGCAGCUUAAUGAGGCCCUCACCACAUAUCGAAAGCCUGUUAAUGGAGACAACUACGUACGCCGCAGCAACCAAAGGCUGCAGAGGCCAGAUGUUUACCUUCCUGUCCACUUGUAUGGUCAACUGGUUCAUGACAAGACUGGCUGCCAGCUACUUCAAGCCGAGAAUGUGGUUCCUGAUUUGAGCUACAGUGUUCGAGCUCCCGUCCUGGACAAAUGGGAGGGCAUCAAACAACUGAAGGCAGCACUUUGGGCUUUGGGAAACAUAGGUUCAUCAAACUGGGGUCUGAACCUGCUGCUGGAGGAGGGGGUGAUCACUGAUAUAGUGGCUUUGGCCCACCACUGUGAGGUUCUGUCCAUCAGAGGGGCAUGUCUUUAUGUGCUGGGCCUCAUAAGUAAGACGAGGCAGGGCUGUGACACGUUGAAGCAGCAGGGCUGGGAUGCUGUAAGGCAUAACCAUAGUAUGCUGUGGCCUGUAGUACCGGAGGAGUUGGACCCGCAACCCAGACCCUCCAACCCGCUGUCCUCUGUCUCUAGUACCCUCAGACUCACAGAGUCCACAGGCUCCAGGCAUAACAGCGAGAGUGACUCCAUACAACCCAGUGUGUAUAUGCUAGAUGAUAAGAGGCUAGAAGGCUGUGACUUCUCCGAGGACCAAAGUCAUUUCACUAUGCUGGCAUCUUGCCGCAACCGUCUACUCAACUCACUGUCUCUCCCUGGGAAGAAGCCUCGCACCACCCCUUACUCUAACGGCAUCAACCAAGAAAAAGGAGCAGGGCUGGAUGGAAAACAGGGCCUCAAACGCCCUAUUGUAGAACCUACUAGCUACUCAUUUGUAGAAGCAGAUGCUCUCCCUUUUCACAAUGGCCCUCAGUCUAAAAUACCUUCAUGUGGUAGAGAAACCUCCUUUAUGGGGAAUAAAGCCAUAGAGAAUGGUUGGAGCAUGCCCAGCACUGGGGAGUGGGAAAUGGAAGGGUCAGUGGUCAGGACAGUUGAGAACCAGCAAGAGCAGUGUAGCUAUGAGUGUUUGGCUGAAGAUGGGCCCUCAGGAGCCAGUGGAGAUCAAUUUAAAAGUCAAAGCCUGAACAUAGACACCACCACCAGUGGCAUCAGCUCCAUGAGCUCCAGCCACUCCAGGGAGACCCUGCCCUCCACCAUAGACACAGACUGUUUAAGCCUCAACACUGUAAUAAGCACUGAGACCAUCCAGAGCGUGCACUCACUGACACCCCAACCCUGCUCCUCAGUUCCCAAGUCCUUCUCUACCUCGCUUAUACCUCCUGGCUCCUCACACACCUUGCCCCGCCGAGCUCAGUCCCUCAAGUCUCCCUCAGUGACCACCCUCAGCAGCUUAGCUGACUGCAGCCUGUACUCUGGCUCCAGAGAUAUCUUGGGAUUUGCCAAGCUGAAGUACUCGAGCUCCCACAAUGGCUGCACAAGUCCUCGUGACGCCCUGGGCUACGCCACCCUAAGGAGGCUGCAGUACCAACGCAUUCAGCCAUCUCUGUCACACAGCGAGGCCCUGGCCUCCCCAGCCAAAGACAUACUCUUCACUGAUGCCAUCACAAUGAAUACAGGCAGUCUGGACUCCAGAUUCACUUCACAAAGAUUCCUGAAAGCUCUGAGCUUUGCAUCUCUGGAUAAGGAAGACCUGCUGAGCCCAAUCAACCAAACUACACUGCAGCGCUCCUCCUCUGUACACUCUAUAGUGUCCAGUGCCACCUAUGGCUCCUCCGAUGACUACAUAGGCAUAGCUUUGCCUGUCAAUAUCAACAACAUGUUCCAGAUUAAAGAAACACCGUAUUUCCAGAAGAGGAUGAGCCCCCCCUCUGAGGACCGGUCUGCUAAAUUCUUCUCUGGAGACUCUGAUGGGUCCAGCGAUGGAUGUUGGCCAGCAAGGCUUCACUCUCAGUUCAGUAUCACCGAGCUGAUGGCCGUGAGCCGGGCAGAUCAGCAACAGAUGUUGGACUCAGAGGAAACGUGUCUUCAAGAGCACAAUGAUGUCAACUGCCUGUAUUGUGCUGGACUGUCUGUGCUUGGCAUCAACUCUCAGAACAACAAGCCAGAGUGGUGCAGUUCACCUCCAGCAAACCAUGCAGAGGUCAUGGUCCAAGCCAAGCUGUCAGGGGCUUCUGAAUGCAGUGACACUGCGUCCCAGGGGUCUGGGGGUAGCGGUCGCAGCACAGAACUUAUUUGGGGGGUGAAGUGCAUCCCAGAGUAUGCUCCGGCUGGCAUCGUCCUGCUGAGGAAGGAGGUGCUUCGUCUGGUCAUCAAUCUCAGCUCCUCUGUGGGGAUCAAAAACCACGAGACCCGCCUGUUAACGAUCAAGGAGAAGUUCCCCAAUGCGUUUGAUGACGUCUGUCUAUAUUCAGAGGUGUCCUACCUGCUGGCUCACUGCAUGUUCCGCCUGCCCUCACGCCGCUUCAUUCAGGAGCUCUUCCAAGAUGUGCCAUUUGUACCAAUGUAUGACGAGGCAGAGAGCAUCCUGUCCAUGUCCCCACACAAGGCUUCAUCUCCAGGUUGGCCAGCUGAUGCCUGACUUGGCCUGAACUCGACUCUGUGUGUCCUAGCCCGUCCAAACAGUCACUGACCUCUUACACUGCAGCUUCUUAUCCUCUCCAGCUCCUCUGUCGGUUCUCCUCACCAGCAACACAAGAGGAAAAGCAACAACUUUCACCCAAUUAUCACAUAAGGACAUCACACAGGAUGCUCCAGUGACAUGUGCUAAUGCCAGCUAACGUUAGUUUUCCUUAUCCACAUGGUCCCCUCACCUUGUUCUGCUGGUACUCAAAACACAAAAGUGGACAUGAUUUGACAUGAUACUAGAAAUGAUGUGCCAACACAGGUCCUUUACUUUUGAUAUACAAGUUCUCCUCAUUGUGAGGAAGGACUUGUUUGCUCUGGAUGUUGAUUGGUCUGAUGUUUGUACAUGAUUGGAGGGUAUAAAGCAGAUGGAGUGAAGUCAGACAAUCAUCAGAUUUCCCCUUCUCUCCUCUUUUAAUCUUUAGCACUUACACUGAUACAGCAUAUCAGUUAUCUAAGAGCACUUUGGGCUCUGGUAAUUUCUUUCCAUCAAUGCAAACACUGAUGGCAGAGGAAUCAGUUCGUCUGAAAAGGUAGCAAUUACCACAAUCCUUGAGUUUGACUUUGCCUCAUAGAUAUUUGAAUGAACAGUUUAUGAAAACUGCUGAAUACAGUAUGUAGUUUUAUUCUUUUUAUAUAAGAACAUUAGGUACUUAUAUUCCUUAGUAUACCUGAUCAAUGCUAAAGUUUGCCUGGAUUUCUUAACUUGUUAUUAUUUUGUUGUUAUGAGGUGAUUUUCAACCACAGUUGAGUGGUUGUUAUAGUUUUUUUCACUGACAUUUGUGCAAAGAACUCCAUCAUAUCAAAGCAGGUUUCCAUUCCUGCUGUUUAACAUCAGCAAGGUUGAGUGCCACAUUAAGUUUAGUCUGUAUGCUUAAAGGUUAACUCCUAAAGGACUGCAGUGUCAUGUAGGUUUAUAUUCCUGAAGAAAAUAUGUCUAAAUUGAUGAAAGUCAGCAAAAGUUAUCUCAUGACACUUCUGUUAGUAAUGUAUGAGAGAAUAUUUAUGUAUUAACAAUAUGUAUAUAAUAAUGAUAGAAAUAUGACUAGCAAUAAUUAGCAGUGGAUGUCAAGCGGGACCAUGGCAGUAGGUGCAACCAUGACCCUCAGUCCAGGUGCAGCCACAGCCAUAGGAACCUGUGAGACAAGACAGCACAAAGACUCUGGGGAAGAAGCCAAGUUAACGUAUGUAAAUGGGACAUGAAUGUGUGAAGUUGGAGAGAGAGAGGAAGAAACAGGAGCCCAGUGCAUCAUGGGAAAGUCCUCUAUUCUACUUGCCUGGGCUUUCACAAACCAAAAUAGCAAUCAGCAGCCAAAAUGCUACUUGGCAAUCUGAAAUCACACUUGUGUGAGAUACACGUCAACACUAAUAUAUAACAAGUAAAAAUGGGAAAAAUACUAGCAGUGAAUACAGAAUUUCCACCACACCAUCUGAUUUCUGAAGAAGCUAUUUGAUGUUGGUCCUAGUACAUACUUUAUCUAUAGUAAAUAACUCUUUCUACUGAAUCUUUCCCCUCCUGCCUUAAACUGACUUUAUUAAAGAACAAUCUUUCACUGCCAGCUGAUGAUGGAUAUUGUUCAAUUGUAAUUCUACUUGAUCUCAUCAUAUAAUUUUUAUGGAUUGGCUUGAAAAAUGGGUCGACAUCACUUUUACUGACUGCUGCUGCAGAUCAAGCGGGCUAAUAAACACUAAC